GAGUACAAUUUCUAAUAAGAAAUAACUAGGGCUCAAAUACAAUUUCUCAAACAUGAGUGUAUCUAAUUACUAAAACCAAAAACUCUUUCCCUCUUCUCUUCUGCACAUGCUCUAAUUUCAAACAGCAAAAAAAUUCGAGCACUGUGAGGUGAGCGGCGAGCUCGAUUGCUAAAUCGAAGUUUCCAAUAAUGGCGAUUGUUGUAUAAAACCACAAGGGGUAAAAAACAGAGAAAAAACAGUGACAAUGAGUGCUGGCGGCGGAGGAGUAAUAAAAGAGCAGAGCUCGCCGCCACCUAAACCCUCAAAAUUCACGGUGUACCAGAAUCCAGCCUUCUCUGCUGCCCUAACAACCAACAGCCUUCGUCCCUCCAAGUCUACUUUCCUUUUCAUACUCUCUAUUUCAUUCGCUUCGGCUUCUGCUCUUCUCAGCAUAUUUAUUAGGGAAAGCGGGAUUGUUGACAGUCUGAAAUUCAAAUAUGUUUCUCUAGAAACUGCUUGUCUUUUUGCCAGACUGAUACAGGCUUUUGCAGCCAUAGUUUUAGUUGGAACCUUUCUUGCCCUUGUCAAGGCUAUUUAUCUAUGUACAACGAGGACUACUGAUGUAACAAUUAUGUCACCUACCAAAGGAACAAAGGAGCAUACACAUCUGACUAAUAGACAGUUAGGGCUUUUGGGGAUUAGACCAAAAGUUGAGCAAACUACUCUAGAGUCUUCAAAGAGACCUCCCAAAUCAAGAAGUAUCUCAGCCUCUCCAUCUGAUGUCCUUGUCCCUCUUCAUCAGCCAAUUCCUAGUUCAAACCAUUCAUCUAGACUUGGUGGUGACAAGGCAAGAACCGGUAGUGGAACUAAAGUACCAUCUUUCAGCACCCCAUCAAAAUCACCAGCUUCCCCAUCCUUGUAUCUUGUUCCAGCAUCUUCUUCUCUAUCACCUUCAAUCCAUUCUUCACCAGGUGGAGAACACUUGGUUUCCACCCCUUGGUCGAACAAGCGAGCUACUUUUCAUAAAGAGAUUGCAACAGAGGAACAGCUUGAAAAGUUCUUGGCUGAUGUUGAUGAGAGAAUUACUGAAUCGGGAAGCAAGCUGGCAACUCCUCCACCCACCAUAAGUGGGUUUGGUGCAGCUAGUCCUGGUAACUUGCCCAGUUCCACUAAUACUUCUGGAACUCCAAGAAGUACUCCUCUAAGGCCAGUUAGGAUGUCCCCUGGUUCCCAAAAGUUUACAACUCCACCAAAGAAAGGGGAAGGCGAUUUACCUCCUCCAAUGUCAAUGGAAGAGUCCACUGAAGCAUUUGAGCAUCUGGGGAUCUAUCCACAGAUCGAGCAGUGGCGUGACCGACUCAGGCAAUGGUUUUCCUCCAUGCUGCUAAAGCCUUUGCUUAACAAAAUUGAUACUAGUCACAUGAAGGUUAUGCAAGCUUCAGCCAAACUAGGCAUUACAAUCACAAUCAGUCAAGUCGGAAAUGAAGCACCUGAUACUGGGACUGCUGCUAUAUCUGCUACGGAGAGAACCAAUGAAUGGAAACCUUCAUUUUCUGUUGAUGAAGAUGGAUUACUUCACCAGCUGCGUGUAACUCUUGUUCAAGCUCUUGAUUCUUGCAUGCCAAAGACAACUUCUGGAGGUCUUCAGCUAUCCUCGCCACAGAACUCUCAGAUCCCUAUUUUACAAGAGUGCAUUGAUGCCAUCACUGAACACCAAAGGCUUCUGUCCUUAAUGAAAGGAGAUUGGGCCAAGGGAUUGCUGCCACAAAGCGGUGUCCGUGCAGAAUAUACAGUACAGAGGAUCCGAGAGCUUGCUGAAGGAACCUGUUUGAGGAACUAUGAUUAUUUGGGCAGUGUAGAGGGGUAUGGGAAAGGAAACAAGAAAUGGAGUUCCGAGCUUCCAACAGAUUCUCAUUUGCUCCUAUAUUUAUUUUGUGCUUUCCUGGAGCACCCAAAGUGGAUGCUACAUGUUGAUCCUACAGCUUAUGUUGGAGCCCAGUAUAGCAGAAAUCCCUUAUUUUUGGGUGUUUUACCUCCUAAAGAAAGGUUCCCUGAAAAGUAUGUAGCUGUUUUGUCAGGUGUACCCUCUGUGCUCCAUCCAGGAGCUUGCAUAUUGGCUGUGGGAAAGCAAAGCACCCCAGUUUUUGCCCUAUACUGGGAUAAGAAGCCUCAGUUCUCUCUCCAGGGAAGAACAGCACUUUGGGAUUCUAUCUUGCUGCUGUGCUAUAAGAUAAAGAUUGGGUAUGGAGGUUUUGUGCGGGGUAUGCAUCUUUCUUCGUCAGCAUUGGGCUUUCUCCCAGUUCUUGAUCCAGAAAAGGAGGACUGCUGAACUUGAAUUCACCCCACCUAUGCUAUAAAUUAUUUGCAAACUCUCAUGGACACUAGUGUGAAGUACAGCUGCAUAAGAAUCUUGCUGUAGUUGGACCAGGUUUAUCUUGAGAUAUAGGUUCCCAUCCUCUAUUUUCACUGCAGGAUUUUAUGCACUUCAACAGUUAGAGAAUAGUUCCAUCAGGAUUUUAUGCAUUUAUGGCUUGAUCCGUAAUAGCACAGAUUUCUUGUAUGCCGCUCAAGUCAAAUAGGACUGUUGCCGCUUAUGGACAUCAAAAGCCAGUUUUAAAGGAGAGCAGUGUUCCCUUGUGGCACGUUCUGUUGUGUUUCUGCUUUUGCAGUGUAACUAUUAUCUUUGGUGAUAAUGGUAGAUUCCUUUUCCUGAUCACAAGUGAAGGUAUUAAACAGCACGAAUGAUUAUGAGUGAGUGUUUUACAUAUCUUUUGUGAUAGAAAUCGUAUAACAGAUCUUAUGAACACUUGCGGGCAUGGACUCAUUUUCACAUAAGGGUUGGGCACAGUUUCCUCCACCUUCAUAUCACAUAAUCAUACAACUCUAUCACGAGUUCUGCAUUCCUUUCUCAUUCCAAAUACAUUGGACUGGGAGAAAAAAACCUCAGUGUCGUCAGUCCCUCCUACCUUUCCUCGCACCAAAAAUAUCACGAGAUUUAACCUCAUUUUCACUUCGUACACUCAUGCACAAUCUGGCGCAAUCCACCGUCCAUUGAGCUAGAACGAUUAACACAUUCACAUACAUUAUACUUUCUACAAAUUAGUUAAACAUAUUUACAGGCUAUUGGCCUCCCACAAGGCAAAAGGAGAUUUUGAAUCACUAAAAUGCCUCCCACUCUAUAUCCAAAGUUGAUUUACCAGUGGAUGUUACUAGAACUUUUUGUACUGAGCUAAGCUGUCCAAAUGUACAAUUCACUAGCGAUCAACCCCCCCGGGGAAUCAUUCAGGAAAUGGAAGAGAAAAGAAUGUGUUCCGGUC